AUGGCUUACUCCGGAAGCUUCCUCGCAGAGUCAGCCUCGCCUGCUCACAGCAAUGAUAACGACGACGCUGAAGACCCUCAUGACCUCUCAUUCUCUUCCAAUCAUAUCCUCCGUGCCUCUAUGGUGGACAACCUUGUCAUGUCUCUUGACCAAUUUUCUGCUGCUGAGUUUAGCGAAAUACCAUAUACACCGCGAAAUAAUAGCUACGACACGGCGAGCAGCGUUCGAGGGAGGGGGCACACAUUCAGUUCGUCAGUCUCGUCUGAGCCUGAUUUACCGGAUCUGAGAUCUAUACCACACCUGUCAGACACGGCUCCUCGCAUUCCUCUCCGUCACACUACUCGAUAUCAGAAGACUGUGCAGAAGCUGCCCAGUAUCCGCGGCGAAGACGAGGACUCUGUUCGAUCAAAAGUCUACGAAGCUCAGCGAGCGGCCCAGCCAGGCCACGCAAGGAGGCCAAAGAAUAUCUCAACUGGUGGAAGAAGCAGGGCAAGUAGUUCUUCGUCCAGCAUUGACCUUGGUCAUGUCACCAGUCUUUCAAGCCAUCCAGUGGAGGGAGCGAGUCGACGGUCCCGGAGUUUCGACUUUGGCGCGAGGGACCGUGUCCCGCGUGGCUCCAAACCCCCGAAGACAACUUCCGACAUUGUUGCUCCUACCCCAGUAAUUUUCUCAGGUCCAGAGUCUCGGAGGGUGCCUACGGUGGACACUGGCAGCACGACCCUGGUGCGGAAGAACAGUACCAAGUCUUCCAAAAGCGCCUAUGCAAAGAAGGGACGGUCAGGCACAUUGGGUGUGAAUGGCGGAUGGUCCAGCAACGAUCCUGUGCAGACUCUACCAACCGUGAAGAGUGUACCGAGUCUGAGCAAUGCUGCAUUAGAGCCAAAAGUGAAAGAAGGGUUCGUACAUGAGGUUGCCUCGACUCCUCGACCUGGGUUUUUCAGACGCGUUUUUGGUUCCUCAAAGUAUCCGUCUGUGCAUUCAGAAAGCCAUGGUCAUACACCAACCACUCUUGCAAAGCAACAUCCUGGUCGCGCUACGCCAGUUCAGGAUGAACCACUAUAUCCAACCACACCACCUAAUAGACUGGUGCAAAGACCUGUCCGAAGAACCUCCAUUGAGCUGUCUGCAAACAAAGAAAACCAGCCUAUAGUCGCCAAGAAAACCUCUGCAUUCUUCCGAAGGAGGAAGAAGUCUAUUUCGAAUUCCAUACCGCCUCCUCUUCCACUGACACUUGACGCAGAACUCAAAGCAGAACCUGACCAAACAGGUGGAUUAAGCCCCGUCAGUAGCCUUAGAGCUUUCAUGGAUCCUUAUCUAAUGGAGAAGCCUGUACCAACCUCGGGCCAUGGCCGGACCAAUUCUAUGCAGGGUUUCUAUACACCAAAUCUCCCGCCUCCUGCCUUUGGGUUGCCACCAGAGUCCACAAAUCAUCCUAAGCCAGCUGGGCACACUCGGACCGAAUCACAUAACAGCAAUCGAACGCUGAAGUCUCACAACAAGCCUUCAACGCUACGUAUCCCUCAUCAAGACUCGUUCCUUGCCGACAGCAGCAGCACCGAAGACAUAUCUAGACGCUCGCCUUAUCGUGGUAGCACUCGCUCUGAGAAUGACCGAAGUAUUGUCCAACCUGAAAAACCGGUACACGAACCGGGCUCUGGAGUUGAGACCGUGACACGGUCGACCUCACUGGCAUACCCUACCACGGGCUCUCAUCAAUCCGCGAGAAAAGGCUCUUGGACCUCCGAGGGUGUGUCUACUGCGUCGUCCACCGCUGCACCACCCACCGGGAUUACCACAGGCCAUGACAGUAGAACCACCACCGAAACGAAGGGUCCCGGAGCUCUGGUUUUCAACAAAACAUCCAAGUGCUCAUCUUUCGCGUCAACCUCCGACAUUAGCGACUAUAGGUCGGCACCAACAACUCCCCUCGUUGUCGAGUCCCCUCGCACCGAGAACCCAGCUGCACCAUUUCCACAGAUGUUGCAACCAAGCCUACCUGCCAUCGACGCUGCGAAAAUCAAAGCUAAGCAGAUCUUCGAUAAUGCAGAUGAUGAGAUGGAUUCCUCAAGUGCUGGAGCGUGGUUGGGGGAAGAUGGCCCUGAUCGCCAGUUAGUGAGGCAAGCAUACAUGGAGCUUUUUGACUGGUCAAAUCAAGAUAUCAUCGACGCUCUCCGAGGUCUCUGCGAUCGCAUAGCUUUGAAAGGAGAGACACAGCAGAUGGAUCGAAUCAUGGUAUCUUUCGCCCAGAGAUGGUGUGACUGCAAUCCUUCACACCUGUACAAGUCAAGUGAUGUCGUGCACACGAUAUGCUACUCUAUUCUCCUUUUGAACACUGAUCUCCACUUAGCCGACAUUGGCCAGAAGAUGACAAAGGCACAGUUUGUUCGUAAUGCUCUUCCAACGAUCAAGCGAAUCGUUGAAGAGUCAGAAAAUAGCAGCACCCCUCGUGGAGCGCCGCCUAAAAUGCUCCUUAGCGCUAACUCCGUGGAAGAAAUCAAUCUUACAGUCCGAGGACUAAGAAGACCCACAGAAAAGACGAUUCAUGAAGAGGACUCCGAUCAAGAAAUGACUAACGGCCAACGUGGUUCAGUAUUGUAUUCUGGAUCAGACAGAGCCUGGGAGACGCAGAUUGAGACGAUCUUGCGCGGACUAUACAACUCGAUCUCUCAAGAACCGCUACCACUCUACGGUGCUCAAAGCGAUUCAAAUAUGAACGCCAAUCAGUCCAACAAUUUCUUAACGAUUGGGUCGAACGUGCUGCGUCGGAGUCCUAGUGUUCUCAGCAAAGCGCAUUCAGAAACCAACCGUAGCCGGUAUGGGGAAAGUAAAUCUCUAGGGUCGCGGUGGAUGACCAAGACCAGAUCUCGGCCUCGCCUGCCAUCUGCCGCCGGAUUUGGUUCUAGUAGAACCAGCGUCGAUGAACUGUCGUCAACGUGGAGUCCUUCUAUGUCCAGCACGUGGAGUAAAGCGAGCCUUGGGAAGACGUUAACGUCGAUGUCGGUCGACUCGUUUGGGACAGAAGUGACACAUGGCGACUACCAAUCCUCUAUCGGGUUCGCGAACGCGUUGAGCCAAGCCAUCAUCCGUGAAGAUCAACUUGAAUUGCAGACUGAUGACGGACUGAAAGCCGGUUCGCUUCUGGAAGAUGAUUCACUUGAGCUGUGCGGGGCGCCAUGGGCAAAGGAAGGCAUUGUCAAACACAAAUGCCAUCUUGAAGGGGUAGACAAGAGGUCGAAGGACCGAAACUGGAAUGACUGCUUCGCAGUCAUAGAAAAAGGAUGCAUGAGACUGUUCUCCUUCUCGUCCAGUGCCAAGUCCGUGAGAAGCAAGUCCCGGGUGACGAAGCCUGGAGCUGUCGUGGGUGGAGGGAAUUGGCAAGACAAUGCUGAGGAAUUGUGGAAGUUUAUGCUUCGACAUACCAUUGCAAGCUCGCUUCCACCUCCCGGGUAUUCCAAAGCGCGACCCUAUGUCUGGGCGCUCAGUCUCCCGACUGGGGCGGUACAUCUCUUUUCCGUCGGAACGCCAGACAUUGUCAGGGAAUUUGUGUCUACCGCGAACUAUUGGAGUGCACGACUGUCCAAGGAACCUAUGAUGGGCGGCGUCAGCAACAUGGAAUAUGGCUGGAGUGACGGCGUGGUGAACAGAACUGCCAUGGCUUCCGAAUCCCAACUUGGCUUGAAUGCUGCUGUGGUCCCACGUCCUAGCACUCAAAUGUCGAUGAGAAGCUCCUUGGACCAUCCUGGCGGUAUACGUAGCAAGUUGCCCGGCGAUAAGGUGCACAUCAACGACUGGUCGCCACCACAGCAGUCCAUGUUUGCUUCUCAGCUUCUUGAGGUGGAUCAGCUCAAAGCGUUACAGAACUACGUGAGCAAUGUGGAAGAUGAACUACAGAAGCACCACGAGCUUCGAGCCAUGAUGUUGACGGCAUUUUCGCCCAAGCAUCCCAAUUCCGCCAAGGCAAUGAGCAACUGGGAAAAGAAGAGCAGCUACCUUUUGCGGGAGAUUGUGAAGUUCCGCACAUACAUUGACACUCUGCAAAACGCCCAGCUAGCGAAAGAUCGGAUAUAUAAGAUGAGGAAGGAAGAGGAAGAGAUGGUAACCCCGUCGAGAUCGAGUCGAGGGUGA